UGCAUAGGCCUGUUUUUUUGUCGCUGCACUGUUGUCUGGUGUAAUAAGUUAGAAUGAGAAAAAAUAUAUUUGUCUUAUUCUAACUUACUGCACCGGUGCAGCAGUGCAGCGAUAAAGAAUAGGCUUCAUGUAAAUCGCAGCUGUAGUACGAUUCUGUAGCUCGUUAAGAGGUGUCGGUAUCGUUAUGCUGUUGUUACGCAGAUAUUUUAUAUGAUAAAAAAGCUACGCAACAACAAUAUAACGAUACUAAACUGUCGUUAAGAGUUACAGAAUAGGCCUACUGAGUCCAUGAUCUCUUUCUCUCUCCCUUCUCUUUCCCUCUCUCUUACUGAAUUUAAACAGUAAAGUUGUAUAAUUAUUGUGCACUUUGCAACAAUUGAAACUGACCAUUGAAACUGACUGAGUAAAACUCAGGAAAAACACGAAGCGGCCAGACUGUCAGGAUGAUGAAGCACAAUUUUCCACCCUUGAAAAACGAUCGGAUACUCAGGGCAACACGUGGGGAACCGGUUGACAGAGUUCCAGUUUGGGUUAUGAGGCAAGCGGGAAGAUACCUGCAAGAAUUUCAGGAAGUCAGAGCUAAGCAUGAUUUCUUUAGCGUUUGUCAAACUCCUGAGUUGGCAUGCCAAGUGACUUUACAGCCAAUAGAACGUUUUGAUUUGGAUGCCAGCAUAAUAUUCUCAGACAUCCUGGUAAUUCCUCAGGCAAUGGGCCUGAAGGUCGAGAUGGUACCUGGGGUAGGUCCAGUCUUGCCUCAGCCCUUAGCUGAUCCCAGUGAUUUAGCACGGCUUGUACGACCAAAUGUGAAUGAAGCUCUAAAGUAUGUUGGAGAAGCUAUAACAUUGACUCGUCACAAGUUGGAUGGCAGAGUACCAUUAAUAGGAUUCACAGGAGCUCCUUGGACUUUGAUGGGUUACAUGAUUCAAGGAGGAGGUAAUUCUACAAUGGCAAAGGCAAGAUCCUGGUUAUAUAAAUAUCCAGAAGACACUCAUAAAUUGCUACAGAUGAUUACAGAUGUUAUUGUGGAUUAUCUAGUAAUGCAAGUGGAAGCUGGUGCUCAGUUACUUCAAGUAUUCGAAAGCAAUGGAGACUAUUUAGAUGAUGUGUUGUUUACAAAUUAUUCUUUUAAGUAUCUUAAACAAAUUAGCGAACGUGUACGAAAGCAGUUAAGAGAAAAAAAUAUUCCGGAAGUGCCUAUGAUUGCUUUUCCAAAGGGCGCAACCAUGAAUUCUUUAAAAAUUCUUGCGAUGGAUCAGAGUUAUGAAGUUAUAGGUCUUGAUUGGACUGUAGAUCCUAUAGAAGCUAGAAAACAGCUUGGUCCAAAUAUUACUUUGCAAGGUAAUAUGGAUCCUUGUGCAAUGUAUUCUUCACAGGAUGAAAUUGUUGAUCGUGCACAAAAAAUGGUAUCAAAUUUUGGUAAAACUCGAUAUAUUGCUAAUUUGGGACAUGGUAUUUUACCGGAUACUCCAAUUCUAUCCAUGGAGUCUUUUAUCAAAGGAGUGCACUCUGCAUAAAUAUUUUAUAAUAAAUAUAUUUACUAUGCAUUUAUUAUAAACAAUUACAAUUAUUAUUAAUUAAAAUUGUUUUAUUAUUUUAAUACUUUAGAAGAUUUUAUAAUAUUUCUAAUGUCAGAAGUAUUUUUUGAAUAUUGUUCUUCAAUAAAGGGAAAUCUUGACUUGUU